AUGGCGGACUCCAGUGACCGAGGUGACAAACCGGUCGCCAGACUCCUUUUUGGGCCUCGCCCAAAGGCCAAGCCAGUAGAGCCAACGCACGAGGCUGCAGAAGAUACCGACCCCCCUUCGGAACAACCCCCUUCAGAGAAGCCCCCUCUUGACCAACUCAGGGCUUUCCUGGAGAACCAAAGCCACCUGUUCACUUGUGGCGGAUCUAUACCAAUUGUUGAAAAACGAGAAACUACUAAAACACGCAGGGCUCUCACCCGGGGUCGGCCGAGCAAUCCGCUCACUGCUGAUGAGCCCAGAACUUCUGACCCUAUCACCAUUCGCUGGGACGUUGCUAGUAUAGAGGGAGAGACAGGGCAGCGUGGGAAUCCAUGUGAUAAGAUCACCCUUCCGCUCGCUCCGGGAUCUGAGAAUGACAUUCAGCGGCUCUUGGAUGGCACCCAGCCAGCCCCUUUUGGUCGUGGACGCGAGGAUGUCUAUGACGAGACGUAUCGCAAGGCUCUGAAAAUGGACACGACCGCAUUCUGCUCGACAUUUGACCCUUAUUCACUUGGUAUCGUUGACACAAUUGCUCAAGUUCUUCUACCAAGUAUCGUUGAUUCAUCCACUCACCGAUCUGUACGAGCUGAGCUUUAUAAACUUAAUCUCUACACCAGCCCAUCAGGAAAAUUCAAGAAACACGUCGACACGCCACGAUCUUCAUCACAGUUUGGGUCCCUAGUUGUUUGCCUGCCUCUUGAGCACGAAGGUGGCCAGCUCAAGGUUCGUCACGAGGGCAGGGAGAUUACGUACGACUGGGGCACUAGCUCUACUAUGCCCGACUUUGCGACUAUUCGUUGGACGGCGUUCUACAGCGAUUGUGAACAUGAGAUUCUCGAGGUCACAAGUGGUCACCGCCUCACCUUGACAUAUAACCUGUACGCAGUGCGUGGUACAGGACGCUUGACUGGCUCGUCUCAGACACUUGAUAUUACACAUCUACCACUGUAUCAAGCUGUUUCAACUACCCUGAGCCGGGACCCUUUUGGCGGAAAAGGCGGCACAUUGGGGUUUUGGUGCUCCCACGCUUACCCAUUCAACGAUCCGAUAGAAACGCCGCUGCCGGAUACCCUUAAGGGUGUUGACGCAGCAAUUUGGGAAGUAUUCCAGAAACUUAAUCUUAACCCCACCGUAUCGCCCGUCAUUGAGUUGGAAGAUCAAUGGCAUUGGCUCAAGGAUUGGGCAGAUCUUGAGCCCUCUAAAGCCGACGUUGAAGCUCAUAAACUAUGGGCGUCCUCGGUGCCAACGAAACUAGUGGCCGGCAAGCAGUUCAAUGUGUUUAUCGAACAGUAUUACCAGGAAAUAUCAGAAAGUGAACGUCUCCACGAAAUAUUCACGUCAUGGGGCCGCUACUUGGACGAGAAGACACAAUGGCUCACGACACCAGCAUCGCACUCGGAGCUGCAGAUUGCAUAUGCGGCGGCAAGUAGUAGUCCAAUUUCGAAGAACUACGAGCGAGGCUAA